UCGGGCUUGCAAUAUCAGUAGCUUCGUCACAGCGGCGUAGAGCGACCGCUUGUUAGUUUUACUACUGUGUACGAUUUAAAAAACUUGUGAUCCAUAAUGGCAGAGUGCCUUUUGAAAAUGAAUGUGUGUGUUAUUGGUUCCGGGAACUGGGGAUCAGCCAUAGCAAAAAUAGUCGGGCGAAAUGCAGCGCGGUUACCGAACUUCGAGGAUACUGUGACCAUGUGGGUGUACGAGGAGAUGAUAGAGGGCAAGAAGCUCACUGAAAUUAUUAAUGAAACACACGAGAACGUUAAAUAUUUGCCCGGGCACAAACUUCCUCCAAAUGUGUUGGCAGUGGCAGAUCUUGUGCAAGCGGCGAAAGAAGCGGACCUGAUUAUCUUCGUGGUGCCUCACCAGUUCGUGAGGACCAUCUGCUCUACACUGCUCGGUCAAAUCAAGCCCACGGCGGUCGCUCUCUCGCUUAUAAAGGGCUUUGACAUCGCGGAAGGCGGCGGCAUCGACUUAAUAUCACACAUCAUCACAAGACGCCUGAAAAUCCCCUGUGCUGUACUUAUGGGAGCUAACAUUGCUUCGGAGGUGGCAGAUGAGAAAUUCUGCGAGACCACGAUCGGCUGCCGCGACGUGUACCUCGCGCCCAUGAUGAGGGACAUCAUCCAGACCGAGUACUUCCGGGUCGUGGUCGUCGACGACGAGGACGCCGUCGAGAUCUGCGGAGCGCUCAAGAACAUCGUAGCCGUGGGCGCGGGCUUCGUGGACGGACUGGGCUUCGGCGACAACACGAAGGCGGCCGUCAUCCGCCUCGGCCUCAUGGAGAUGAUCAAGUUCGUCGACGUCUUCUACCCCGGCAGCAAGCUCAGCACCUUCUUCGAGUCUUGCGGCGUGGCCGACCUCAUCACCACCUGCUACGGUGGCAGAAACAGAAGAGUAGCAGAGGCGUUCGUGAAGACUGGCAAGUCCAUCAAAGAGCUGGAAGACGAGCUUCUCAACGGACAGAAGCUGCAGGGGCCCAUCACCGCCGAGGAGGUCAACCAUAUGCUGACCAAUAAGAAUAUGGAGAACAAGUUCCCCCUGUUCACGGCGGUGUACCGAAUCUGCCGAGGCGAGCUGAAGCCCACCGAUUUCAUCGACUGCAUCCGCAGCCACCCCGAGCACAUGAAAAUGCCGGCGCCCAAAUCCUCUCUGUGACCCGAGUGAAGGCCUUCGCACUCCGACAUUGCAUUUACUGUUUGCACAUGCAUUUGCCGCCAUUGCGUACAACUUGACUUCCUACCGUUUUAUACUUUCGGAGUUUCCAAAUUUGCCAUGACAUCUUUCCUAAAAUUAUUCCUGUUAUUUAUUAGUCAGUAGGUUCACGCUAAGAUAAUAAUGUACCAACAUUCCAAAAAAACUUGGUAAGAAGUUGAGUUGCAAAGCACAGUGACGUAACUCAUCGCUAGUCGAUCAUAAAGGUUUUCUAACUAGAUAGCCUAGACGGGCAAACUACCCGUGUUUACUUUAGCAACUAUCUUAACGAUGCAAGGCAAUAUCAUGUGAUACCGAGCACUUUUCUAAUGACUAACAAAACUCGAAAAAAACGUGAAUGAUUCUUAAAAUUGCAUUUAUUUAGACUGGUAUUAAGCAUUGGCUAUAGAGCCGUCAGCUGAAAAAGAUAACAAAGAGACAAAGAAAAUCUCAAAAUAUAAUGUUACUUAAGUAAAAAUUAAACCGUGUAAAAAGUGUGACUACGAAAACCCGCCAUUUUUUCUGAGCACACAAGUCUUUGGCUACGAUGUAAAUUGCGCCAUAACGUGACGUAUAAAAUUAUUUGCACAGGUUGUCUAUGUAGAAAGCCUUUUUAUCUUCACAUAAUUGCACGGUUGUCAUUCUUUUAUAAAUAUAAUUUCAUUGUAAAUGUUUGUUAAAUUUUAUUUGCUAUUUAGAUGUUAUUUAGUGUUUACCGAACGAACUGCAACCGCUGAGAUUUUAAUCUUGAACAGUUGUAAUAUUUUUCUUACUUUUUUAACGCUUAGGAGUCGUGUUCUAGUAGGGAUGCUUGUUUAUAGAUCAGCUAGUUUUAACGGUAAAGGGUUCUCAUCUUUUUAAGCCAAAAGAAUUUGUUAAUAACGGGUUAAGUCAAUUGUCCUAGUCUAUGUCUGUAAGAGAAAUUUACGAUAGGGAUAGAUGUAUUUUAAAUAAAAAUGUAUUAAUUCCAUGACUGUCGCUUCAUCUAGUGCAAUAUUUCAACUAAAGUAACAAUUACUUCUACUCAUGUGUGCCAUCUAAAUGUUUCGUGUCAGGUACUUAAUACUCAAUGAAUGAGUUGGUUCAUUUAGAGUACUAGAAAAACAGAAGCCUUUGGUAAUUAUUCUUUUAAAUUUGCUUUUAGUUAGUCGGAGUAUAGAAAGUUUGUUUUUUUCAGGAUUCGGAUAGUUAGAAAAUCGCAUUGCUGUAUUUGCUAAAUUGUUCAUGAAGGUAAGGUACUUAUUAGGUAAUUAUUCAG